AAAAAAAAAAAAGAGGGCAAAGCAAUAAAGAAAGAAAAGAGAGGAGAAAGACAAAGGUUCUCUCUCACACUCUCAAACCUCCAUGAUUUAAAUUCUCUCAACAGCAAGAUUUUGGUUUCCUCUAUUUAAUCCAGAACAGGAAGUCGCUUCAAAACUUUCUACAAAGACUCUGUUUGGGAGCUUCAAAGAAAAGGAAACAGAAAGUAAGAGGGAGAUUAAAUUCAAGAAAUCAUAACGAAAGUGAGAAAAAAAGAUUCAUUUGUCUUGAUCAAUCAAUCAAGAAAGCAAUUAAUAUGAAUCGAGGUCUUUUGCAAAGCUCACCGCCGAUGCAGCAGAUAAUGGCCGGAAACCCUAACUGGUGGAAUAUCAAUAACAUGAGGCCACCAAUUACUCAUCAACAAACCUUAACCUCUCCUUUUCUUCCUCCUCCUACUCUUUUUCCUCACUACACACCUUCUCCUCCUUCUUCUUCUUCCUCUACUUCCUCUUCUUCUUCGUCUUCUUCGUCUUCUUCACUUACUAUUCCUUCUUGGCAUGAUAAUCAAGAUCAACUUCCAGAAUCCUGGAGCCAACUCCUCAUGGGUGGAUUGAUGGAGGAAGAUAAAGGAAACAUGGGCCAUUUUCAAGUAAGAAAGUUUGAGAAUUGGGAGGAGCAAAUGUUACAUCAUCAAGCUUCAAGUGGGUCUGCUAUUGUGAAUGUGAAGCAAGAAAACUGUCCUAGCAGUUAUGUCUAUGGACCUGUAAAUGACGAUUUUCAGACAACAAAACCUAGUUGGUCUCUGAUGAUUCCUCCUCCUGCUUCUUCUCCUAAGUCCUGUGUUACAAGUUUCAGUAGUAACAUGUUGGAUUUUUCAACCAACAAAGGAGAUGGUUGCAGGCAUCCACCGCCAGAUCGAUCCUCCGAGUGUAAUAGCACUGCAACUGGUGGGGCUCUUAAGAAAGCUAGGGUUCAACCUUCUUCAACCCAAUCUACCUUUAAGGUGAGGAAGGAGAAAUUAGGUGACAGAAUCACUGCCCUUCACCAGCUCGUUUCUCCAUUUGGAAAGACUGACACAGCCUCUGUCUUGUUAGAAGCUAUAGGGUACAUCAGAUUCCUUCAGAACCAAAUUGAGGCUCUCAGCUCGCCGUACUUGGGCAGUGGAUCCUCAAACAUGAGGCAGCAGCAGCAGCAGCAACACCAACACCAACACCAACAAUCUGUUCAAGGAGAAAGGAAUUGUAUAUUUCCUGAGGACCCUGGUCAGUUAUUGAAUGAUAACUGCAUAAAGAGAAAAGGAGCUUCUGAUCCACAGCACUACAAUGAAGAACAAAAGAAGGACUUGAGGAGUAGAGGGCUGUGUCUGGUCCCAGUGUCAUGCACUCUUCAAGUUGGAAGCGAUAACGGAGCAGAUUAUUGGGCUCCCGCCCUUGGCGGAGGAUUCUGAUGAGAAGGAAUAUUCCGAUGGAUUAUUGAAUAUCGCAGCACACAACAGACAAGACAAGAGCUUCUUCAUAAAACGUUAUAACAUCAUUAGCAGUCACUCUGCUAAAAAUCUAAGGCUGAUUGCUCAUGAUGCUAUACAAUCUGGCUACCUAUAAUAUUUAUAUAUAUAAACUAAGUUGUGUGCUCUCUCGCUACUUUAAAUUAUUGGACUUAAUGCAAGUCCUUAAUUAUAUAUAUUACUCUCUCUAAUUUAAUAUUAAACUUAUCUAUAUUUCUUUAAUUUCCUAAUUAGUUUAGUGGCUGCUAGUGACAUGUCUUGUUAAUUAAUUUCAUGUAUAUGCAGCUCUACUGAGAUAUUAGUAUAAAUCAUUUUAAUGUUGCUCUGUGUUAAGCAGCAUUCCUGAAAUCAGUCGAGCUAGCAUCAAUUGAGAUAUAUUCUAUUUCAUUUUCCCCA